CCACAUUCGUAAAUUCUCGUAGUGCCAUAUAAAAUCGUAGUCGCGUGAAGAGUAACGCUUCGUUCGUCGUCCAUAGCCACUCGAUUACGUUCUGGCAAAUAAAUUAGUCGCAACUGAUGCAAUUCCAGCUUAAGUUCGACUUGUAGUUUCCGCAAUAAGCCAGUACCAAUCCGUCUAUCAUGUCUGACGAUUUCGAUGGCUGCGAGUGCGUUUGGUCGCACGAAUUCGCUAUGCAGCGUCUUAUAAACUUUAUUCGUCAAAACCAGAACACAUGCACAGACACCGAGUGCAUCGAUGUAAGCGGACGAUUGCAGCGGACUGGAUCGGAUAACGAUGAUGGCAACGGCUUCUUCGUGGGUAUGGUCUUCAUGUUACUGGCCAUGUUCCUGGUCGUUGUGAAUCCGAGUACCUGGAGCCGUCUUGGUCUGAGGAGCAACACCAAGAACACUCGUCGCGACAACAACCAGGAUGGGGCACCUCCCCCACCGCAGCCGCCGCCACCGGCUAUCAACUAGAAGCCGGGACGCUGCUGAACACCUAAGCAAUUUGCAUUUUUUUGGUUUUAUCAUUACGAGCAGUUAGACAAAUAACACAACACACAAACCACACAAGAUUCAAGAACAGGCGUCUCCCCAGAGAGGGAGAUCCAUGCAAACGUAACAUCCCUUCGAUUGUUUGGCCCAGUUUGGGAUUCAUGAGAUCAGACAAAGAUUAGAUCAAUUAAAUAACACACACACGAAUUUUCUGUACCAGUGAAACACCGCAGACGCGCACAGAGACACAAACAUACACCCCCACAGAAAUACGCAAAUUCUGAAACGAAAUUACAUUGACUCGUGUAUUGGAAAACAAAAUUGUUAAAUACUUAAA